CUCGCAUCUGCGCAAAAUUACAGGUUCAGGUUUGACCGCUAGGAUUGGUUCCAGAUUACUGUAUUACAUACUACCUACAUAGAUAGUACUCGGUGUACUACCACGGUAAACUAUUAUUAGCUAUUCACCUUUUACAAGUUACAACUUCCAGCUGUCGAGAACCACUCAAACGGACAAUUUGGCCUCAGAUACCAAAUCAAUCUCUUGUUUUUCUUUUUCCUUUUCCUUUUUUCGCCGCUUAUUCCGCAUCCCCCGGUUGGUUGGCUUGUUGGUUCUAUUCUGUUACGCUACACCACCCUACAUUAUUUCCCUCCGUCUCAUUCCAGAUUCCAGAAUCCUAGGCACCAGUCUGACAACCGACGGGUCGCCAUGUCGAAUCCAAAUCAACUAUACCUCCUAGCCGAUCAUAUCAAGCUCUCCCUGCUAGAGCGGCAGCGAGCGCAAAGCCUUAAUCUAGAUGGCGAUUCAAAAGACGGGCACAUAUCUAGAUCUCUAGACCAGUUCAAGGAUGGAUUAGAAGCGCUAGAGAAGGAACAGAAGAGAUUAGAAGAAGCCGGCGACGAAGAUGGUUCCCUUACUAUCGCCGAUAUCCUCCCCGGCCUACAGAAGCAAUAUAAUGACCUAACCUCCCAAUUCCACGGGUUCUCUUCCCCUUUCACCGAAUCUACCCUCACGCAUCCGAACGACCCGUCCCUAAACCCAGACUUCGAACACGCGACCACAUCCCCUCGAAACAGCACUUCCAACGCGCCCCAACCCACCACCAUCACCACCACCACCACCUCCUCCUCCUCCUCCUCCAACCUCCGGCCCAAAGGCGCCCGCACGGCAUCCAAGACAGUACGCUUCACCGACAACCCCAUGAGUCCGUCGGCGACGGACCCGGACCUCGAAGCGCAGCUGUUCGGCGGGAGCCGGUACCAGGACAACCCGGGGGACGGCGACGGGAUGGGGUACCGGGACGCGGCGGCGGGGAUGACGAACACGCAGAUCCACGCGUACCACCAGCGGAUCCUGGACCAGCAGGACGAGCAGCUGGACGCGCUGGGGGCGAGCAUCGCGCGCCAGCGCGAGCUCAGCAUGCAGAUCGGCGACGAGCUCGACGAGCACGUCGCCAUGCUGGACGACGUUGACGUCGCCGUCGACCGGCACCAGGGGCGGCUCGACCGCGCUAGGCGCCAGGUCGGGAAGAUGUCGCGGGCCGCCGGGGAUAGCAAGCAGAUGAUUGCCAUCAUCAUAUUGAUCAUCAUCUUGGUGCUGCUCAUCGCGAUUUUGAAGUAAAAGGCGGACGGAGAGGAAAAAGGAAAGAAAAGAAAAGGGGGGGAAGGUAUGAAGGCCUGUUGGGUGGGAUAUAUAUGGGAGAGAGGGAAAGAGGGAGGCUGGGAGGCUGGGAAGGUAAUUAUUACGCUGGACUGGACCGAAUCGGACUGGUUGACGUACUUUUGAGUCCUCUCGUUGCAUUUUUGCAUGGCGUCGGCAUGGCGUUUAUUUAAUAAGGGGAGGGAUUGGCUUUACAUUGAUUAUAUUAUCGUUUAUAUACACCAUACACGUACGCGGGCGAACGAUACCUGGGGAUUUCACGCCGCGCGGGUUCUCUUUGGGUAUUUGUACUUGUUAUAAAUCGAUUUUGCGGGCUAUGCCUGCUUACCUUAGGUAGUCCUGUCUGUAUCUUUACAGCGACGUCUGAGUUUGCUUGGAGCGUGACAGUUCCAAAGACAGCAGUGCUAAUAGUUCAGUUCUAGAGGAUCUUGUGGGUAUUUACGAACUACGCACUAGCCAGACCAGACACGAUGAUCGAGAGAAGGGCAUGUUUACCCGGUAGACAAUCUA